CCCCACGCCGCUGACACCUGUGUUGGGGGAAGUAUCGAUACAAUCGCAGUGCGUCGCCUACGCUCUUCCAGCCCGGAGCCAUUCCCAACUCCAAUAUUUUGAGACCGUCAACGUGUUCCUGCGUGAGCGACCUCAAGGAUACAUCGUGCCGAACGCGUAGAGCAAACGGAAGGAAGAAAGAAAGAAGAAAAAAAAAGGCCAUCUUUGCGUACGGACAGCUUCACGUUUUCUUCCCGUCCAGUUACAAAUGUCAGUUCGCGGUCGCCGUGAUGUUUGAUGUGUUGGCGCCCUGACCACUGCUGGAGCUAACGCGGUCACCCACUGCUCCGCGUGAAGGCGACCCGGACCUACGACCGCGGCAUGGAUUGAACGAGGAAGCUGUCAUAUUUGUGGUGCCGUCAGUGAAUUCCUGGAUGGUGGCAUGGUGCCGACGAUUUCGUGCUGCGAGUGGCGGCGGCAAAACGGCUGCUCGUAAAAUUCAUCGGAACGACGACGCAGGCUCGUGAAAGCUCGCCGGACGUUCGAUGGCGAGCACGCUACAGCAACCGCAGCAGUCAAGCCCGUCUUCGACACCGCAAGCGACUGCCAAGUCUGCUAAGUCUUUCAGCGUGAUGGAGCUGCCGGUGCUGAACGUGCCUGCGGAAGUGACCUUCCUGAUGCAGGCGGGCGUGGUCCGGGACACAGUGACGGUCGAGACGAGCGAGAUGAACCUCAAGUCGCUCAAGGACAUGGCUUGCAACUUUGUCCACAAGAAGUUCCCGGAGCACGGCCUAAAUCGGCUGAGCGAGCGCCUGCUGCUCUUCCGGCACGACUACAACAACGAAAACAUCCUCCUGCCCAUCAACGCGGCUUCCGACGUGGCGGAGGGCACCCUGGUGGAGGUUGUCGUCUCGGCAAACAACCCAAGCGACGACGUGCAAAUCCGGCCACACUCGCUCACGGUCCACUCUUACAAGACGCCCACCUUCUGCGACUUCUGCGGGGAGAUGCUCUUCGGGCUGGUCCGGCAGGGACUCAAGUGCGAAGGGUGUGGGCUCAACUUUCACAAGCGGUGUGCCUACAAGAUCCCCAACAACUGCAGCCACGCACGUCGCCGGCGGUCGUCCACUUCGAUGUACCCUCGGAGCCCCACGGAAGCCGUGCAGAGGACCGCUUCCAGCGCUGCCACCUUCAGCGACGACCACAAUUCGUUGCUGGCCACGUCCCCGGCUAGGGAGAAGCGCUCCCCGUCGCUCAACAUGGGACGUCCUGCCUGGGUGGACCGGGAACUGGCGGGACGCAUCCGCAUCCCGCACACGUUUGUGGUCCACUCGUAUGCCAAGCCGACCGUGUGCCAGCAUUGCAAGCGGCUGCUCAAGGGCAUCUUCCGCCAGGGCAUGCAGUGCAAAGACUGCAAGUUCAAUGUCCACAAGCGCUGCAUGGACAAGAUUCCCAUGGACUGCACGGGGGAGGCCCCCAAGGAGUGGGGAGAGUCUUCUCAAGAGAACUCGGAAAGCUCGGAGCUGGAGAACAACGGGGAACGGGAGAACGUGGAGGACGAGUCGGACAACGAGAGCGACCUGUCGCAGGAGAGGGACAGGGCUGCCGGACCAGACAGUCAGGAAGACGAGCCCAAGGCGCUGCUCAACGAGACGGCGAGCAACAACAUCCCGCUGAUGCGGAUAGUGCAGAGCGUGAAGCACACCAAGCGGAAGGGGGGCUCCAAGCUCAUCAAGGAGGGCUGGCUGGUGCACUUCACCGACAGGGACUCGAUGCGCCGGCGCCACUACUGGCGCCUUGACACCAAGGCCAUCACUCUCUUCCAGAACGACACCACCUCCAAGUACUACAAGGAGAUCCCCCUGUCGGAGGUGCUGGCCAUCGAGUCCGCGAGGCCGCCCAAGCAGGACUCCGGCCUGGCCUUCGUCCGGGGCUCAUACUGCUUCGAGCUGCGAACAGCCGGGGUCACGUACAUGGUCGGAGAGGACCGGGACCACGCUCGCAACUGGGAGCUGGCCAUCCGGCAGGCCCUCAUGCCGGUCGCAGCCGCCAAACAAGAUGCAGUGGGUCAGGACCAAAGUGACAAUGGACAGAACAUGGACAUCAGUCAGCGGUAUCAGAUCUUCCCAGACGAGGUGCUUGGAUCGGGACAAUUCGGAAUCGUCUAUGGGGGGGUACACAGGACGAGCUCGCGCGCGGUAGCCAUCAAGGUUAUCGACAAGCUGCGCUUCCCGACGAAGCAGGAGGCCCAGCUGAAGAACGAGGUGGCCAUCCUGCAGAACAUCCACCACCCAGGGGUCGUCAACCUCGAGAAGAUGUUCGAGACUGCCGAGAGGAUAUUCGUGGUGAUGGAGAAGCUCAAGGGAGACAUGUUGGAAAUGAUCCUGUCGAGCGAGAAAGGACGGCUUUCCGAACGAACGACCAAGUUCCUCAUCUACCAGAUUCUGAUUGCCCUGAAGCACCUGCACUCCAAGAACAUUGUCCACUGCGACCUGAAGCCCGAAAAUGUGCUGCUUUCGUCGGAUUCUGACUUCCCCCAGGUGAAACUCUGCGACUUUGGUUUCGCGAGGAUCAUCGGCGAGAAGUCCUUCCGACGUUCCGUAGUCGGGACUCCCGCCUACCUAGCUCCGGAGGUGCUCCGCAACAAGGGCUACAACCGAUCCCUGGACAUGUGGUCCGUAGGAGUCAUCAUCUACGUGAGCCUGAGCGGAACUUUUCCGUUCAACGAAGAAGAGGACAUCAACGACCAGAUUCAGAAUGCCGACUUCAUGUACCCGCCCAAUCCGUGGAAGGACGUAUCCCCAGAGGCUGUUGACCUUAUCAACAACUUGCUGCAAGUGAAGACAAGGAAGCGCUACACGGUGGACAAGUCCUUGGUCCACACCUGGCUGCAAGACUACCAGACGUGGUGUGACGUUCGCGAACUGGAGAGCCAAGUCGGGGUGCGGUAUUUGACGCACGAGUCGGACGACGCUCGCUGGGAAGCCCACCGGAAGGAGAAAGGGCUCCGGGCACCACCCCCGGCACCGACAUCCUCGGUUGCACCACCCGGCGAUGGCGUGGCACCGCAACACGCGCCGGCGAGGCAGAGGCUUUCUGUGCAGCGCGAAGAAGAGUCAUGCACCUCCUCCAGUGGCGGAUCGACGGCAGUGUCGCCGACGUUCGGCCGCAUCCGUCUCUGAAACCAUCUUUGUUAUUUCAUUUCGUAGCUUACCGAUUCUCCGAACGCAGACGUCGUCCCUUUAGUUAUGUGUGUGGGGUUUCGUCUCUAAAAACCUGUUCGUGCAGUUGCGUUUGCCUGGGACCGAGUUCUCGCAACGAGUGAGCGCGCCGGUAUGCUUUUGCCAUCUGUAGGGCGAUUCCAGAACUGCACUUCCCUAAGGCGAAGGUUUUGCGGUAUUCAGAAGAUGAAAUGUGUACUGUCACAUGAAAAACGGUUGUUCAUAACGUCAAAAGUUUUGCAAGCCAGACUGAAUAAAAUAGGAAGUACUAUACAGAAAUGAAAAGUGUUCCACGACUGCCCAAUGGAUGGCGCCAGCGUGAUUUUAAAAUGAGAUUUUAAGAAGUUUUAAGGCACUCGGAUCGUAAGCAGUCGCAAGUGUAUGAACCGGCCUCAAGUGAAAUUCCUUGUCGCUUUAUCCCCAUGGCGCAGACGCUAACCAUGCUUGUCUCGGCUCGGAUAUGAAACGGCAUUGUCGCCAACGUCGGCCGAGCUUGCUUCUCGUUCGAGGUGGUCAAUUGUUUUUCGUAGCUUUUCGACGGGUCGCGUAAAUGCAGUGUUCCUCGUAGCUUCUCGUUUGGUCGAGCGAGUUUCGUCAGGUGGCGUCUUCUCUUGAGAUCGUCGGGCCGCGUCUUGUCGGCUGACUUCGCUCUAAACGCAACGAAGUGCCACAGGCUCCCAUCUCUUUCCAAUCUGGGCCGCGCCUGUUUAAAACGUAAUUCUGGAUUUAGUUCUGCCUUUUUCCGACUUGUUUUCGUGCUUGUCUUGAUUGUUUCUUUAGUGCAUUCCCGAAGUCGUGUCGAGCGGCGACGUUGUCCCCUCUAGUGAGGUCCCUUGAGGAGAUUGGCUGCAAAGUCGUUUUUAGAGGCUGCGGCCCUACGCAGAUGGCAGUGCAUUUAGGGAAGGGUCGUCUUUUCGUUGUGAUGCACUUCGGCGCCGCAAAAUGCACGCCAAAUGCGAUGGGAAAUGCUCGUGUAAGCCGGCAGACGUCUUGCGCGUGUUGCAACUUGUUAGUGGCACCGUUAGGGAACUCUUGUUUCAUCGUUACGUGGCAAAGACGAUAGCCCGUAACUCCUUCAAAGAUGUUUUGUUUUUAAGGGGAUGCCACGAUGGCACGUUGGUGACAUAUUAACUGUCCGUCUUCUUUUUGUUGCUCUUUGUGAAUACCAGCGAUAGUGUUUUGUGUAUCAAAUAUGCUUAUGUGUUAGAGCACUAGUAUACACAAUUUCAUGCUUGCAUCUUUUUGCUUUCUAUUUUUUUUUUCUUUUCGUAGGAUUUUUUUUAGGGAUGCAAGUUUUCGGAGUUGCAAGUUUCUUUUUGUUUGUUUAUUUUCAGUUUCCUGGGACGAUUUAGUUAUUUAGGCACUUUAUUGUGAAUUGGGGUACCUCAACAGUUACUUAAUGCAAGUUUUAUUGUUAGAAAGUGUAUCUCUCUUAUGUUGGGUGAUUGCUCUUGAAACGAACGUUCCUUCACGUUUUUACAAAAGUGGAUCCAUGUCUAACGUGGGACAAUGUGGUAUUGUGUCCUCAGCUUGAGCAAUACUACAGUACACUUCCGAGAGACAAUUUUUGCCUCGACUCCUACGAAGUAAAUGCUUAACGGAGAAAGAUAGUUCCACAAAUAAUUGCAUGUAAAGUGUAAGGAAUGGAACAUGCAUUUUCGAUAAGAUGAGGGUGCACCUCUUUUUCUUUAACUUCGCUUGCAUUAACUUUUCACUCCUCUUCUUUCUUGUAGAUAGCUCAUACUGUCAGCACUAGCAACCAUCACGUAAUACACAAGCAUGCCAUCACCGUGCGAUGUGACAGUUCGUUUGUGACACUAUUUGUGGACACUUGGCAUAAUGAACAAUGACCACCACACGCACAUGUGACGAUUCUGUACAUGUCACGUCAUCGCUUUCUUUUCUUUCUUUCUCAUGUUGUUCGGCAAGGUCGAAGGUGGUUUCUGUCACAUGCUGGUCCCUGGUUGUAGUUUUUCUUUCAACACAUUCCAGUGUUUCGAGACGAGCCGGUGUGUGCCACAAAACUUGUCUCGAGUGUGUGCCAUUUCACAAGCAUCGGUACGACACGUGCAAACGCACACUCUCCAAGUGAACGUUUUCUUCGAACUCGCCGUGGAGUUGCGACAUUUUCAUGCCAGGAAGGCUCGCUUAACAGAUCCUUGCGGCGGCGACACCACGCGUCUGACCAGUAGUUCUCGACAGCUGACGACAAUCCAACGAACGCUUUCAUAGGGCACAAAUGAGACGGAACUGGCAGCGUUUCUUGAGCACGCUGUGUACAUACCACCGCUCUACCGUUUCUAAUGUGGGUGAACUUUUACACGUGGAGGUUGCUAGAAGUUAGUGUCACCGGUUUUGUGACUAGCCGUUUCCACGCCACGUCUUUCUUUACUACUCUCGUGGUGCGACACCCCGUCACGUUUUCCACGUACCGAGUGUAUCCCGUGGCCGACACUAAAGGCCGUUCAUCCCGUUUUACGUUUCCGACGUCACUUCCAGCACCGUCAAACAGCGACUUUGUAAUAUAAGACUUUCUCGAUGUGACUCGCCGCAAACGCAAGUUUUGACAACUACGAACAACAACGAAUGUGAUGUCCCGUGGAAAGUUGUGUGACUCAUUGCGUAGUCUUUCAUUAAUUUCCGCGGCUCCGAAGCUUCUACGAGGUUGUAACGAGUCUUCCGUCGCCGUUGCGUUGCGGACUACAGGGCUGCCAAGGGGCUGUGCAGUUGCAAGCGGCGGAAGGACAUUUUUAGCUUUUUCAAAACGGUUUCGGAGCACGGACACUUUUGUUUCUGCUUUUGGAUGGUCAUGUCUGGCAAGGCCUAUUUGGUUUUGUGGCCAAGUUUUCGGGGAACUCGCACAUGGCAGAAAAGACAAUCGUGACGUAAGCCUGGAGGGCCGGCAAUGUGCUUCAUUCCUGCCGUAUAAAUCGACGGCUUUCUUUUUAGCUGUGAAGAAAUUGAUCGAGCUCAAUAGGGCUCUCCCGAUAUUAAAAACGAGCCCAAUUUUCCGUGAUAGCUACGUGCAGCUUAGCUUGGUUCUCUUUCUUCUACCUUUUAUACCCCAAUAAGCUCAUUUUUUUCUACCGGUUAUCCUAAAAUCUAUAGUUCUGGUGCAUUCCAUUUGGGACCAGGGUCAUUCUGCUUGUGGGCAGGAUUACCAUCGUUAGCAGUGACGUGCGGCAACUCGUGUUGGGGGGAUUUGCACGAGCUAAUUGUUUUGGUUGGGUCAGAUUAGCUUUUAUUACUAAACCUCGUGUCAGCUUUAGACAAUACAGCGUCAGUCAUUGACAGGAAUGGCCUAGCGGUCAAGGUUUUGCCUACGAGCAUUUCAACCAUAGCUCAAGAUCCGACGGGUCUUAAGCUAACCACUAUUUUGUUUUCUUCCGUGAGAAUGAACAGUGUAAGAACAUAACUAAGUUUAUCUGGACAAGGAGCACAAAUGCCGAUUUCUAACUCAAGAGUUUCAUAAUUCGUCUCAACUUUGCCGAAGUGCUGUCUAUAAUUGGCUUUUUAAAGGCUGACUCAACGGAUAAAAAUGGCCGACUUCUUAUCCUAUGUAGCCGCAUGCAGCUUGUGUGGUUUAAUUUACCGUUUGUCGUGUUUUAACGUUCUGGGUUACGUUGUUUUGUGCCCGCAGCUAACACGAUUCAUGCGAAGCUGGCUCGCAACAGCAGCGCCGCGUUCGGCACCUGACUUCACGCGGGAUUCGUUAGAGCUCAUGCUCAAAUGCUAAGUGCUUGCUUUUGUCGUCUCUGCAUGUAGUUUCACCUGCACAGCCAGGAAGGCCUUCUAACUGCUUACUCUCUUUGUAGCGUCCCUAGAAAGCUUGGUUGAGGGAGACCCAUGUAUUUAAAUGUUUAGGCAUUCAUCUCUUCGUACGAUCGGCCAUGUUUCCGCAUCUUGCCAAGGUUUCAAAGCGAGUUGCUGAUGAUGACAAUUAUCAUUUUAUAAAUAGUUCCUGAGGGUGUGACACUCGCUGACGCCGUAAGGUAUGGUGACUGUUCAAUUUCUCGCCCGUACUUAAUGCCAUAUUUUGUGGGUCAGGACUUGGGUGUGUGUUUGCAUGCGGUGGCUGCAAGUGUGGUGUGCCAGUUGUGGUUAAGUGUACUUUGGAGUUAGUUACUUCUUUCUGUGGCUCAGACAAACUGGUACCUGGACUCUAUUGAAAAAGCGAGCGUUUGUUUGCACAUUCCCGUCAUGAAAGGGCAUUUUUAGAGAUGCAUUGGUUAGACAUACGUCGGCGAAGGACUGUUGUCGUAGAAUUGCUUUACCGUAGUUUUAUUAAUUAUGCUUUACUGAUUUCAAACAGUUCAAGCUCGUUUUUGUCUCAUAGCUGAAUUUCUGGAAAUCUUCCUAGAAUUCCGGGAACAAAUAAGCACAUUUGGGAUGUUGUUUUUUUUGUGUGUGUGAAAUUAGGGGUCUGGUUACAAUUAGUUAGAUUUGAAAUUCAAAGACAUAUAUUUGCUGUUCCUAUAUCGUUCUGGAAACAUUCCAACUUUCUGAGCUCUGUUCUUGCCUCUUCAGUCCCAUUCCACGAUUGAUAUUUCAAUCUUUGAGUCAGCUAUUGACUUAUCUGCUGGUGGGUUUUUUUUUUUUUUUUUUUUUUUAUUUUACAAGGUGACGUGGGCCAAGUUUCGAAGUUCCCAGAGCCAGCAAAUUUUGGGGAGUCAUAUUGUUUUACUAAUCGAGGGAACCAAACAAGAAAUUGAUUGAAGAAACUCGAAUCUUGCACUUGCAAACAUUUUUAUGCCCUUCUGUACCUGACUUUUCUGUCGCAGGCAGGUCUAUCCAAAACCUGUUCAACCGCACAAAUUUUGCGCCGGGUUUUCAUGACUACAACGAGAUGUACAGAGCCUUGUGGGUUAAAUUGUGAGCAAAAGAAAAGAAGGAAAAAUCGUCUCUCAUUCAAACUGUGUUGCAUCAGCGUUCCGAAAUUUGCAGGCCUUUUGCAUGCUGAGAAGUUUCACUUUCUUUUAGCAUAUGCCUUGCUUAUAUCUUUGUCAUCUUUAAUAAGCGCAUCUCAGAGUUAUGAAAAGCCAGAAGGGACAGCUUGCUUCGAAAAAAACAACAAAAACAACGCCCUGCUCAAUGUACUUACACUAUAUAAUCGCAAAUGUUUCUGUGAUUUUUUAUUUAGUUGUGGGAAAAUGCACUUGGACGUCCCAUUUGUAAAACUGGAAGUUUUGAUGUAAACCCUUCCAUGCCUUCAUUUUUUGCUCCCUCCAAUGGCUAAUUGUGUUACUGGGGUCGUGCAAUGAUGCCUCGACUAGUAUGCUGAUAUGUUGCAAUAAAUCUGCCCACUGAUUUCGGCACUGUAAACCUGUUCCACUUAACAUUCCACAAAUCCGAGGCGCCAAGGUCAACCCAGCCUACUACUUAAAUCACCAGCAAAAACAGUUUUUUGUGUGUGUUGCCUAGCUUUGCGAAUUCACUUGCAAAACAAUCCCACUGUACAUCUCCACAAGCUCUCAGAAUCGUGUUUCCGCAUCCGAACCAUAUCGAAUUGUCAGACAAGUUUUUAUUGGUGUGAAUCAGAAGGGUGAGGUUUAUACUAGUUCCCCAUUGCAUAAACAAGUGCAACUGCCUAUGUGAGUUGUGACGACGCGUGCGCAAAAUCCCUUUUAUUUCAUUUUUUUUGUGCCGAAUGGAUAGACGAAUGCGACAUAACCUUUUGAACUGGGUGUUGACUAGUGCCACCUGGCCAGUGUUCCAUUUGUCAGCCAGCAUCACCGCCCUGGCACGAUGUCACAGACACGAGUUGGUGCAUGUAACACGGCAAACGAUCACGGGUGUUUUUAUCGCAGUGGCAACGAACGCAGGAUUCACCUGAUGCGCGUCAAAUGUCACAUGUGAUCGACUUUUUUUUGCUCGUUUUGUGGUGUGGCCACUCUUUCGACGGGUGACGGUACGAAUGACGAUUGAUGUACAGUCUUUUUUCAUCUAUUAUCUCGUAUACGGAAACUGGCGAGCUAUUAACCCCAUGUUUUGUUUUUCUUUUUGCAACUGUUUGAUACACCCUUUCUGCCUUCUUCACCUCCGGUGUGUCGUCUCGCACACCCGACUAGAGGCACACGGUAUAUAGCAAUGUCUUAUGGUGUCGGUUUGGUCCACUCCUAUUUCUUUUUUUUCCUACAUUAUAAAGGAAAGUUUUAUAAAUAAAAACGUGCACGACUGACAGCGUUAA